AUGGCAUCCCUGGUCCAUCAAAUACGGCCGGCCUUCCGUCACUGCACCGCUCGCUCACGGCGAUCUAUCACCACAAGUGCAACAGACGCAGCCUCCAAGCUCAUGGACACAUUUGCCAGUAAAGAUGUUGUCCGUAACCAAUUGCUCGACUCUAAUCAACUACAACGCCUGAGUUUGACCCUCAAUCGAAAAGAGCUGCAUCCCGGUGUUGACGUCUCUUCAGAAGCACCGGCUCAAGGUACGCCCCUGCCUCCAGGCUACCAUCUCGUUUACUUCACCCCGACGGGCAUCGAGAGUGAGCUCGGCAUGGACGGCACAGAUAAGACUUUCAACGCACCGGCGCCGUUUACGCGGCGGAUGUGGGCUGGCGGGAAGAUGCAGUUUGUGGAGGGGACUUCGCUGAAGGUUGGCGAGACUGUCGAAGAGAGGACGAGACUUGUCGGAGCGACACCGAAAAAAAGUAGAAGUGGGGAUGAAAUGGUGUUAGUGGAUGUCGAGAAGGAAUUUCGGGGUCGUGAUGGAUUAGUUGUCAAAGACCAAAGAUCGUGGAUCUUUCGACCCGAAGUUGACGUGUCGCUGGCUGCGAGAACGGCACCACCACGAAGUGAUAGACCACCUGCUUUUGGGCCAUCGACCAUCAACGAUCAGCAGAGUGCAGAAGGGAGCACAGUCCGUCACUUUCGAUGGUCGCCCGUUGGCCUGUUCAGGUUUUCUGCUCUCACCUUUAAUGGCCAUAUGAUCCACUACAAUGAGCCUUGGACGAAGGAUAUCGAGCGUCACCCCGAGGUUGUGGUCCAUGGGCCUUUGAAUCUGAUCAACAUGUUGGACUACUGGAGAGAUGUCUACGGCAAGGACGGCAGGGAGGCGCGUCAGGUCACUUAUCGAGCUAUGUCUCCACUGUACGCCGGUGAUAAGUACACUCUUCGAACAGCUGCAUGUGAUGUGGAGAGUGGGAACAAGUAUCAGCUACUUGUCGAGAAGGGUGAUGUUGUAUGCAUGAAGGGCGAGAUCAUUGGCAGUUGA